AGCCCAUGGAGCCCCGGCCACUGCUGCUGUUCCUUGGCCUCUGCUCAGCUGGCCUCGUCCUGGGCUCCGAACAUGAGACCCGCCUGGUGGCAAAGCUAUUUGAAAACUACAACAGCGUAGUACGGCCCGUGGAAGACCACCGCAAGGCCGUGGAGGUGACGGUGGGCCUGCAGCUGAUACAGCUCAUCAACGUGGAUGAAGUAAAUCAGAUCGUGACAACCAAUGUUCGUCUGAAACAGCAAUGGGUGGAUUACAACUUAAAAUGGAACCCAGACGACUAUGGUGGCGUGAAAAAAAUUCACAUUCCAUCGGAAAAGAUCUGGCACCCAGACCUAGUUCUUUAUAACAAUGCAGAUGGUGACUUUGCCAUUGUCAAGUUCACCAAAGUGCUCCUGGACUACACUGGCCACAUCACGUGGACACCUCCCGCCAUCUUUAAAAGCUACUGUGAGAUCAUCGUCACCCACUUUCCCUUUGACGAACAGAACUGCAGCAUGAAGCUGGGCACCUGGACCUAUGACGGAUCCGUGGUGGCCAUCAACCCGGAAAGCGAGCAGCCAGACCUAAGCAACUUCAUGGAGAGCGGGGAAUGGGUGAUCAAGGAGUCCCGGGGCUGGAAGCACUGGGUGUUCUACGCCUGCUGCCCCUCCACCCCCUACCUGGACAUCACCUACCACUUUGUCAUGCAGCGCCUGCCCCUCUACUUCAUCGUCAACGUCAUCAUUCCCUGCCUGCUAUUCUCCUUCUUAACCGGCCUGGUGUUCUACCUGCCCACAGACUCAGGAGAGAAGAUGACUCUGAGCAUCUCUGUCCUGCUGUCCUUAACCGUGUUCCUUCUGGUCAUUGUGGAGCUGAUCCCUUCCACCUCCAGUGCGGUGCCCUUGAUUGGAAAGUACAUGCUGUUCACCAUGGUGUUCGUCAUCGCAUCCAUCAUCAUCACCGUCAUCGUCAUCAAUACACACCACCGCUCCCCCAGCACCCACGUCAUGCCCGAGUGGGUGCGGAAGGUUUUUAUCGACACUAUCCCAAAUAUCAUGUUCUUCUCCACGAUGAAAAGACCAUCCAGAGAAAAACAAGACAAAAAAAUUUUUACAGAAGACAUUGAUAUUUCUGACAUUUCUGGGAAGCCGGGACCUCCACCCAUGGGUUUCCACUCUCCCCUGAUCAAACACCCCGAGGUGAAAAGUGCCAUUGAGGGCAUCAAAUACAUCGCAGAGACCAUGAAGUCAGACCAGGAAUCCAAUAACGCGGCCGAGGAAUGGAAGUAUGUUGCAAUGGUGAUGGACCACAUUCUCCUCGGAGUCUUCAUGCUCGUCUGCAUCAUCGGAACGCUGGCUGUGUUUGCAGGUCGGCUCAUUGAAUUAAAUCAGCAAGGAUGAGCAGAAAGCUGAGCUGAACCUUAGCGCCAGGGAGAUUCGUCUACUUGGAUACAUGCUCACUUAUCAAACAUUUAAUUUUCUGUAUUUAUUAUUCAUGACAAAAGUUUCUGUUUACAUAAGGUUAUGGCCUCAAAGUGUCUUCACAUUGCUUCUCCCUUCACUCCUGCUGUGGCUGCCUGGAGAGUGAACCCUUUGCAGUAAAUGAAUCU